CUGUUGGCUAUGGUCGACUAUGGUCGACUAGUGUAGUGGUGGUCUGCUCCUGGCAGCUGCUCCUGGUCCUUGUACCUUGUACUGUUUCUCACACCUUACUUCUCUGACGGAAAGCACCACGAAAUGGCUUGUUCCGCUGUGCGAUCACCCGUUCUGCGUAGUCCUACGGUAAGGCAUUAUGCAGCUGCAGCAGCUGCCACAGCUGCUCAAUGUUCCAAUGUUGCAAUUCCAGAGCUUCAGGUAUUAUCGAAUAAUAAGGUGACAGUCAUUGCGCUUGAUAAUAAUAGUCCUGUCGCUCGAGUAUCGAUUGUCUUCAGAGCUGGCUCACGCAACGAGACGUAUGACACGCAAGGCGUGAUGCAUCAUAUCCGAGUUGCUGCUGGCCUGAGCACCCAGAGGUCAACAACCUUCGGAAUAACUAGGAAUAUCCAGCAACUUGGUGGAAGUUUGACUGCGACCACUGACCGUGAAAGCAUUGCAUACACAUUGCAAAUUACAAGGAAUAAUUUAGCCAAGGCUUUGACUUUCCUAGAGGAUGUCACCACCCGGCAAUUAUUCCUACGAUGGGAAAUAUCUGAUCAACUGCCCGCUAGAAUGCGCUAUGAAUUGUCCAUGAUGCCCAACACUACCCGUGUAAUGGAAUUGUUGCACAAAGCGGCUUAUCGUACUGGACUAGGCUAUUCUAUAUAUUCGCCAAAGAGACAAAUUGGCGAAUUCAGUCCAAGUGUUCUGCAACAAUUUGUCAAUAAUUGGUUUACUGGCUCCAAGUGCACGGUUGUAGCAACAGGCGUACCGCUGUCAGACGCGAUACAAUUCGCUUCGAGUCUAGAAGUAAGUUCGGAAGAUAAUACCGUGCAAGCUGCCAAGUAUCAUGGAGGGGAACUUCGCAAGGAACGAUUCUCCGAAUUGUCCACCGUAGCAGUAGCCGUUGAAGCAGCUGGUUUAAACAAGGAGAAAGACGUCCUCGCUAGCGCCGUGUUGCAGAGAGCAAUUGGUUCUGGUCCUCGUGUAAAAUGGGGUUCCAGUGUAGCUCCAAUGUACAGGACGGUCUCCAAAAGUUCAAGUACCGACGAAUUUGCCCUUUCGGCGUUUUACGCUUCUUACAGCGAUUCUGGACUGUUUGGGUUUGUUCUAUCCUCGUUACCCAGUGUCGUCGGUUCCGUAACAAAAGUUGCUACUGCGUAUCUAAGAUCACCCAAGCUUUCCGAUGCUGACAUCGCGCGCGGCAAGACUACGUUAAAGGCGGAGAUAUUAUAUGCUGCGGAUAAUGAUGCCGCGGUCUUGGAAAAUAUGGGACAGGAAGCAAUUUUCAAGAGACGUGUGUACAAACCAUCUGAUCUUGUUGCACAAGUAGACAAAUUAACUGCAUCCGAAGUCAAAUCGGUAGCCGAAAAACUUGGUGGCGGAAAAUUGUCCAUGGGUGCAAUCGGCAAUCUAUCUACUGUUCCAUAUGUCGAUGAAUUGAAAUAGAUACAAAAUGAAAAUCCAAACAAUACCGCUCUUAACGUGAGCCUUCGUGUUCUAAAUAUUUUCUAAAUAUGUACAUGCUCUUAUUCUAGUUCAGAGAUGUACACGUUUAUCAAAAUGUAGAGACUCUACUUGCGAUAUUAAUAAUAAAAGAUAUCGCUGUAGCUUGUAUGAUUGAAUAAUUGUCUUGAUUUUAGUUUUUACGUUUAGUGUAACGAUACGAAAAGGAAGUUGAAACGAGAGAUGCUAAAAAUAACAUCAAAAUCAUGU